AAAAGAAAAAGAAUUCGAAUUGGCGCUAGUGCAUCGCCUGCACAGUUUAGUGCGGAGUGACGGCCAGUGUGUACGGACGUGCUAACGGUUGUAGUGAACGUGUUCUGUAUUCGAAAUUCGAAACGUGUUAUGUUUUGACGAUGUUGAAAAUCGGCGGCGGAGCUGUGCUCAUCGCAGCAAUAGUGGCUGUGUUCGUGGUAGCCACACAAGGUCGGGACCCGGACCUUGAAGCGUCAGAACAUGAGGGAAGGGAAUAUAUCAUGCAGCUAGAUAAAGCUGCUGGAGAGAGGAGAAACAGAGCUACUAUAGCUGAAUGGGCGUAUACUUCUAAUAUUACUAAGGAGAAUGAAGAACAGAAGAUACAAACCCAACUAGAGAUCUCAAAGCUAGAGAAGUUAGCAUGGGAGGAAACGAAGAUGUACAAAUGGCAGGACUUCCAAGAUGUGUCAUUACGGAGGAUGUUUAAGAAGUACAGUCAGCUGGGAGUAGCAGCGUUGCCGGAUGACAAGUACAAGAUGCUGAUGAAGUCUGUCUCGGACAUGGAGUCGAAUUAUGCGACGUCGAAGAUCUGCUCGUAUAAGAAUACGACGAAGUGUGAUUUGUCGUUGGAACCUGACAUCACAGAAAUCUUCGCAAAGAGCCAGAACGUGUCAGAGCUGGAACACACCUGGGUGGAGUGGCAUAAGGCCGCCGGCGCUCGCGCUAAGGAUAACUUCACACAGUAUGUCAGGCUGAGCAACGAAGCUGCUAAGCUCAAUGGUUACAAAGACGUAGCCGAAUGGUGGCAGUCUGACUACGAAGUGAACGACUUCGAAGACCAACUCGAGAAGCUGUGGAACGAUGUGAAGCCUCUAUACCAGCAGCUGCAUGCGUACGUCAGGAAACAGUUGAGGGACAAGUACGGGCCUGAGGUGGUGUCGGCUAAGGGACCUAUUCCUGCGCAUUUGUUGGGUAAUAUGUGGGCUCAAACCUGGAACAACAUAGAAUCAUUCACACGCCCGUACCCAGACAAGAAGGAAAUAGACAUCACCCAAGCAAUGAAGGACCAGAACUACACCGCACUCAAAAUGUUCCAAAUGUCAGACAGUUUCUUCCGAUCUUUGAAACUGACUCCGAUGCCUGAGAAAUUCUGGAAGAAUUCUAUAAUAGAGAAGCCUACUGAUAGGGAUAUAGUUUGCCAUGCUUCUGCUUGGGACUUUUAUGAUGGUGAAGAUUUCAGGAUCAAGCAGUGCACAACAGUAGAUUAUGAAUAUUUCCAAACAACACACCACGAAAUGGGUCAUAUUCAGUACUUCCUUCAGUACAAACAUCAACCGGUCGUUUUUCGUGAUGGAGCUAACCCAGGUUUCCACGAAGCCGUGGGUGACACGAUAGCCCUGUCGGUAUCUUCACCGAAACAUUUGAGAAGCGUCGGACUUAUCAACAAGAACGACACAGAAGAUGAACAGACUGAGAUCAAUCAGCUUUACAAAAUGAGUAUAGACAAAGUGGUCUUCCUACCCUUCGCGUACAUUCUCGACCUGUUCCGCUACGGUGUCUUCCGAGGAACGACUACCCCUGAGAACUAUAACUGCCACUACUGGAGGCUGAGGGAAAGCCUGCAAGGUGUGGAGCCUCCGGUUACGAGGACUGAGGAGGAUUUCGAUGCUGCUGCUAAGUAUCAUGUGUCUGCUGAUGUGGAGUAUGCUAGAUAUUUCGUGUCUUUCAUCAUCCAGUUCCAAUUCCACCGAGCGCUGUGCGAGCUGGCGGGGGAAUACUCGGCCACGAAGAAGCUAGUCGAUUGCGAUAUCGUGGACAGCGUCGCUGCUGGAAACGCACUAUCAAACAUGCUCAAAAUGGGUUCAUCCCACCCGUGGCCCGACGCGAUGGAAGCGCUCACGGGCCAGCGAGAGAUGAAGGCGGACGGCCUACUCGAGUACUUCAGACCGCUCCACGACUGGCUCCAGAAGGAGAAUGAGCGGACUGGCGAGUUCGUCGGCUGGGAGGCUAGCAAGAUCCAAUACUGCACUGCAGAGCAACAGGCAGCGCUACAGUCAGAACAGAAGGAGGAACACAGCACGUGACGCGGCCAGUACUUACGUUAGGCACGGCUGGGCAACGUUACAAAAUAACGUUAACCGUUAAUACCGUUAUUUUUAAAAGUUGGCAAGGUCUGUAACGCUAUGUGUAAGGCAGUGCAGCUGGACGGGGCGUGCAGCGUGCAUGCCAAACAAUUGAAGCUCAUGCAAGUGUCCUGAGCCGACGCUGUUUAGGGUGGACGCACGCUCGCCCGCCCCGCCGAACUCCGCUCCGAGAGUCCACUCAGGCCGCACAUUAAC